AUGGCUCCAAUUCCAUUCGCCUGCUACGGCACCGACGUCGAGCUUGCCGACAAGAUCGGUGCGUGUAUGCAGCCAGAAUACGAGCUGGUACACGGCUGCUUCUCCCUGGCCGCGGCGACCACGGAGCUGCCAGACUCGUUCGCGGGCAACUUGGACAAGGCGGACGCGGCGAGCGAGCCGAUCGGCAGCAACGCCAGGGCGCCGCGGGACCAGCGGCGAGCCCCGCGCUUCCUCUGCAUCGGCGGCACCAUCCCAGACGAGCACUAA